UUAAAAAUUUUAACAAAAAUGUUAAGAUUAAUCAAAUUUAAACAGUCGAUAAACAAAUUGAGGCAUUUCGAUAUGUAAAUUAGUUCAAAACCACGCGAACUCUAAAACUGCGAACGAACCGUUCCGCCGAUCGAUCAGCGUUAACGCAUUCAUUGCUAAAACAGCCACGCAAACGAAAAUUCCCAAGCUUAAUGUAAGUAUGUAUAUGUACAUACUACAUACGAAGUGUUGAAAGCAAAAGCCAAAGCAACCCAAAACCAUACAACAACUUAGUUUCGAGCAUAAAAGCAAUAAAUUAAUUAACAUUUGUAGGAAAGCGAUGAUCACCCACAAAACCGAAAAUAAACGUUCACUUUCACAGCCAAAAUGCCUCUAGCGCUGUUGUGGAUCGUGAACCACAGUGUUAGGCAGAUAAACGCUUAGAAAAGCAAAUGACAGCCAAACAAAAUUUUAUUUAGUUUUCGAAAACAAAAAGCAAAAACAACAAAAACUCCUCAGCCAACUUAUCUCAAACCGGAAGAAUUCUGCAUAUCUAAAUCAUACACCAGCCGCGCCCUGAUAAAGUUAACAGUUUUUGUUUCCAGUUAACAAAUCAAGCGUCUCGAAACGAACGUCGACAAUCAACAAACGCCCAUCGAGCGAACACUCACUCACACCAUAAAAAAAAAAUAACAACGCCACCGGAAAGCAUGCCACAACUGCCAACACAAUUCAAAAACACUUUUACCUGUACUCGUACUUCGUCAAGUUGAAUGCCGCCAACGCGUGACAUUAGCGAUAACAAAAGCUGAACUUUUAAUAAUUGAAAUAUUUGCUUUAAUUUUGUUGCUGAAAUAAUUGUGUGCACAUGUUUUAUGUUUUCUCUCCCAACAGCCUUUUAGUUUUUGGUUUUUAUACUUGGUGCUUUUAAAGUUUAAAUUAAUUUUCUAAAAGUGUAAAUGCACUUCAAAACGAAAACGAAAUAGCAAUAAAAUAAUUAACCAGCGCGCAGACCACGUCAGGCCACACCACACCACACCAUACCACACCACCCAACAUUACCACCGCCACGUACUCCGCAAACAAAACGAAAAUAUAUUUCCAUUAUGUCCACAAUGAAUUUCACGCGUAAACUGCGCGGUCGCAUGCGCUCGAAUACCUGCCGCAUUGUGUUGCUCACCUCGCUGGUGUGGGUGAUUGUGGAUUUCGUACUGAUCGCACACUAUUCGGAUUGCAUUGGACGCGAUGGUUGGCGGUGUAAGCGGCCGGGAGAAUACGAUGUGGAGGUGCCCGAUGCACAAAAGCUUGUCGACGAGCAAAAUAUGGUCGAUGACAGUGAAAUUAACACAGAAAAGAAUUUGGAUGGUGAUGCUGUUGGUGGUGGGGGUGGCAAAGGACCAGGUGGCUUUGCGGGAGGCGGUAUUUCUAUGACAUAUCGCAGCACGAUAUUAAAAAAAUGGCAUUCCGCACCGACGGUGAAGGAGGUGAAAGGCAACCAUGGUGAAAUGGGUAAACCAGUAAGAAUACCAUCGGAAAUGAAGGACUUUAUGAAGGAGAAAUUCAAAGAGAAUCAAUUCAAUUUACUAGCCAGUGAUAUGAUAUCAUUGAAUCGUUCGCUGACCGAUGUGCGACAUGAAAAUUGCAAGAAGAAGCAUUAUGCAUCGAAACUGCCAUCAACCUCAAUUGUGAUAGUUUUCCACAAUGAAGCGUGGUCAACACUACUCCGCACCGUUUGGAGUGUCAUCAAUCGCUCACCGCGUACGCUACUCAAGGAGAUUAUUCUUGUGGAUGAUGCCAGCGAGCGUGAUUAUCUAGGUAAGAAACUGGAGGAUUAUGUGGCGACACUGCCGGUGCAUACGUUUGUGCUGCGCACAGAAAAGCGUUCUGGUCUCAUACGCGCCCGCCUGCUUGGCGCCGAACACGUGACGGGUGAAGUCAUCACAUUCCUGGACGCACAUUGUGAGUGCACAGAGGGUUGGCUGGAACCGUUGCUGGCGCGCAUUGUGCAAAAUCGGCGCACUGUAGUGUGUCCCAUCAUUGAUGUGAUCUCUGAUGAAACAUUUGAAUAUAUAACUGCUUCGGACUCGACGUGGGGCGGUUUUAAUUGGAAAUUGAAUUUUAGAUGGUAUCGUGUUCCUCAACGUGAAAUGGAGCGUCGCAAUAAUGAUCGUACAGCGCCGCUGCGUACGCCCACCAUGGCGGGUGGGUUAUUUUCGAUCGAUAAAGAUUAUUUCUAUGAAAUUGGCUCCUACGACGAGGGCAUGGAUAUAUGGGGUGGUGAAAAUUUAGAAAUGUCCUUCCGGGUUUGGAUGUGCGGUGGUGUGCUCGAGAUUGCGCCCUGUUCACGUGUGGGUCACGUGUUUCGUAAAUCGACGCCGUAUACCUUCCCCGGUGGCACAACGGAAAUUGUCAAUCAUAAUAAUGCGCGUCUGGUUGAAGUGUGGCUGGACGAUUGGAAAGAAUUUUACUACAGUUUCUAUCCAGGAGCACGCAAAGCUGUCGCUGGUGAUGUGAGUGAUCGUCGUGCGUUGCGUGAACGACUAAAAUGUAAAAGCUUCCGGUGGUAUUUGGAAAAUAUAUAUCCGGAAAGUUUGAUGCCAUUAGACUAUUACUACUUGGGCGAGAUUCGUAACGCCGAAACAGAGACGUGUCUCGAUACGAUGGGCCGCAAAUAUAGCGAAAAGGUAGGCGUGAGCUAUUGCCACGGGCUGGGUGGCAAUCAGGUAUUCGCCUAUACGAAACGACAACAGAUCAUGUCCGAUGAUCUAUGCCUGGACGCAGCGAAUGCGAUGGGUCCGGUGAAUAUGGUGCGUUGCCAUAAUAUGGGUGGCAAUCAGGAAUGGGUUUACGAUGCCGAGGAUAAAACGAUACGACACACAAACACUGGCAAUUGCCUGCAACGUCCAUCACGUAGUGAUCCAGUGACGCCGCUGUUACGCCCAUGCGACUAUUCAAAGGGUCAACAAUGGUUGAUGGAAUCGAAAUUUAAGUGGCAAGCACAUUAGUUGUUCUUGUUUCUAAUCAUGAUAUUUACAAUUAGUUAGAUAGAUAGUUGUCAUAUAUAAAAUAUAAAAGAAUUUUUUUUACAUGUUAGUUAACUUUUUAUUGUUUCACACUAAUGUUUGCUGAUUACUAUAACUAUUAUACAUACAUACAUAUGUACAUACCUACAUAAAUAUGUGUAUGAUUUUUACUACUAAAAUAUUUUGUUCUACAUAUUAAGUAAUUUGUAACUACAUACAUAUUGUAAAGUUUAUUUUAUAAAUUUGCCGUAAACGGAAGGAUAAAAAAUGAGUUACAGAUAUGCAUUGAAAUACUAUGUAGUAUCAACAUACAUAUGUGAAAUGCAUAACAUAUGUAUAACAUACGUAUAAAAAAGUUUCAAAAUGAAAAUAAUUGCAUGCAUGCUUGGUUAAGUGUCUGCAACAACAAAGUAAUUCGUAUUAUCUUUGCAAAGUCUUCCCUAUGAUUAAAGAAAAAAA